CAGAUUAAUUAAAAACGUAAACAAUGAAGUUGUGUGUUGGCUGUGUGCUGCUCAUUGCUCUGCUUGGUCCGUGCGUGUGUGAGGACAAGCUGUUACCAGUGGUCAUCAAUACAUGGCCAUUUGUAGACGCUAACAAAGGAGCUGCCCAGAGCUUGAGUAAUGGUGGUAGCUACCUCGAUGCAGUGGAGGCAGGUUGCUCUGUGUGUGAAGCUGAACAGUGUGACGGGACAGUGGGCUAUGGUGGGAGGUGAGGACUGUGUGGGGGCGUGCGUGUGUGUGAGGUGUGAACAGUGUGACGGGACAGUGGGCUAUGGUGGGAGUCCUGAUGAGAAUGGAGAGACCACCCUGGAUGCAAUGAUCAUGGAUGGGGAGAGUCACGAUGUUGGGUCAGUGGGGUGUCUGCGUCAGGUCAAGAGUGCAAUAUCAGUGGCUCGUAGCGUCAUGGAGAGGACAGGACACACUCUGUUAGUGGGAGAGCUAGCGACAGAGUUUGCAGUGGAGAUGGGCUUCACCAAAGAGGACCUGCAAACUAACAACUCACGGAAGAUAUACACUGACUGGAGGAACAACAAGUGUCAGCCCAACUACUGGAUACCCAAGAUAAAUGAUAAGUACAGAGCCUAUAGUGUGGCCCCACUGUACACUGUUACAGCAAUGGUGACUGUUCUAAUAAGAAGGUUUUCAUUUCAACAAGUGACCCCUGACCCUACGUCCACCUGUGGUCCCUACCACCCACUCACUACACACUCACAGACCACCCCCUCACACGAAUACAAGAGACCCCCCAUCAACAGGUUUAACCACGACACCAUCGGGAUGGUGGUGGUUGAUGAUGGAGGAAGAAUAGCUUGUGGUACUUCCACCAACGGAGCCAGUCACAAGAUACCAGGUCGAGUGGGAGAUUCCCCCAUUGUCGGGGCUGGUUGCUAUGUGGAGAAAGGAGUGGGCGGAGCUUCGGCCACUGGAGAUGGUGACAUCAUGAUGAGGUUCCUACCGUGCCGUGUUGUGGUGGACAAGAUGAAGGCCGGAGCUAGUCCCACGUCAGCUGCCAUGGAGGCUCUUCAAGAGAUAAAGAACUACUACCCAUCUUAUGGUGGUGGAAUAAUUGCUGUGAAUGUAACUGGACAUUAUGGAGGGGCUUAUACUGGGUUCCCAUCGUUCCACUACACUGUGUAUAACCCCACCCUCGGGGCGUCCACGGUGGUGGCAGUAUGAACAUAUCGAAAUUACUGUAACAUUCAAUGUUUUUAUUGUAUUAUAUCUUUGUUUUAUGUGCCGAAAUUAACAGAUUCAAUUUUCAAAUUUCAGAAUAAUAAUUUGAGUGUUGUGCUGAUAUUAAUAUAAUAUUAUUGUAAGUCAAUUAUAUAA